UCUACUUAUAAUGAGCAAGGAACCAGUAUCAGACCAUUUAGCCAAACACAAGAUGUUGUUCUGAAAAUAAACAUUGGAUCAACUGCAACAGAAUGGUUGCUCAUAGUCUUUUACAUGUCUUGAUUUCAUGUCGGUUUUGUCUGUGUGAUGGUGAAGAGGCGUGAUCUAACAAGACUCUCAUCAUAUAGGAAGUAAGUAGGGAAAACUGUUGUUCAGAGAGAGUUAGUCGUCACCAAGACAGCAUGGAUCAUUCCUGGUUCUGUGUUCUACUCUUACUGAAUACCCUCAUCUACUGUGGUCACUCUCAAGAUCUGCCCAGGGCCUCAGUGAAGAUAGUCUCUCCCCAGGAGCCACCGUACACAGGAGACAGAGUCACUCUACAGUGUUAUAUACCAGAAUACACAGACUGGACUUAUGUCUGGUACAGAGACAACCAACACCUUCCCAGUGAGACCAGUAAAACCAUCACCAUCAUGCUACCUAACAAUGCUGGUCAGUACCAGUGUCAGGGGAAGAGGACAGAUCAGCCCCAGUCAUCAUAUAUGAGUCCUAAUCACCCCAUCAGUGUUACUGCUCUACCAACAGCCUCAAUGAGUGUCUCUCCUCAUGGUCUCCUCUACUCUGGAGAGACUGUUACUCUGCAGUGUGACAUAUCAGACUACACAGACUGGACAUACUGGUGGUACAGAAAUGAAAAACUACAGAGUCCUGGUUCACCUUCUAAAACCAUCACCACUCAGUCUGACCAGGUGAGUCAGUACCAGUGUCAGGGGAGAAGAACAGAUCGUCCCCAGUCGUCACAACGCAGUGAUUACCUCCAUAUCAGGGUUACUGAUCUGCCCAGGGCCUCAGUGAAGAUAGUCUCUCCCCAGGAGCCACUGUACUCAGUAGACAGAGUCACUCUACAGUGUUACAUACCAGAAUACACAGACUGGACUUAUGUCUGGUACAGAGACAACCAACACCUUCCCAGUCAGACCAGUAAAACCAUCACCAUCUCUCUCCGUUACCAGGCUGGUCAGUACCAGUACCAGUGUCAGGGGAAGAGGACAGAUCGGCCCCAGUCAUCAUAUAUUAGUCCUAAUCACCCCAUCAGUGUUACUGCUCUACCAACAGCCUCAGUGAGUGUCUCUCCUCAUGGUCUCCUCUACUCUGGAGAGACUGUUACUCUGCAGUGUGACAUAUCAGACUACACAGACUGGACAUACUGGUGGUACAGAAAGUAUCAACUACAGAGUCCUGGUUCACCUUCUAAAACCAUCAGUACUCUGUCUGACCAGGUGAGUCAGUACCAGUGUCAAGGGAGAAGAACAGAUCGUCCCCAGUCGUCACAACGCAGUGAUUACCUCCACAUCAGUGUCACUGCUAAUCAGCCAAAGGCCACCCUGAGUUCAGACCAAAAGGACAUAUUGACAGGAGACAGUGUGACACUGACCUGUACUGUAGAGUCUUCUGGAUGGAGGUUUUACUGGUACAGACACAGACAAGACUCUGAACCAGUAGCUACAACCUCUGGAUCCUCCUACACACUCAGCCAGGUCAGUGUCUCUGAUGGAGGACAGUACAGGUGUAGAGCUGGGAGAGGAGACCCUGUCUACUACACCCAGUACAGUGAACCAGUCCACAUACAGGUUACUGAGAGACCUGUUGCUGUUCUGACCCUCCAACCCAACUGGACCCAGAUAUUCACAGGAGAGACUGUCACUCUCAGAUGUGACAUACAGGGAGGAGGAGACACUGACUGGGAGUAUAACUUCUAUAAGAAUGAUCAGUCAGUUUACUCUGACACAAAGCCUGAGUACAGAAUCAGUCCUGUCUACACAUCUCAUACUGGGUCAUAUACCUGUAUGGGUGUAAAGGGAAACAAGGAAUCCAGAACCAGUGAUGCUGUACAACUGACCGUGUCAUAUCAACCCAAGGCUGUCCUAACUACCUCUCCUCAGUGGAUGAACCAUGGAGAUUCAGUGACUCUGAACUGUGAAGUUAAAGAGUCGUCAACAGGCUGGAGGUUCUCCUGGUACAAGACUGUUCCCUACAGAGCUGGGUUACCCUCUCUAUUGGACAAGUCCUACUCUGUAGAGGCCCUAUCUGGAUAUGGGACUACUGAAGAGUCUUACACUCUGAAUCCUGCUGGUCCUACUGACACAGGAGGAUAUGUGUGUAGAGCUGGGAGAGGAAACCCAGUCUAUUACACAGACUACAGUGAACCUCAGUUUCUCUGGUCAAGAGAUCCUAUAUCCUUUACAUCAGUCCUAGUAGGAGUGGUUGUGGGUCUGGUUGUUGCUGCUGUUCUACUGACCAUCUUCUUGGUCCUCCUGUGUCGAGGCCCAUCCAUCCCCAGAGCACCAACCAGGUCCCCCAACAGGACCAAGGAUCUACCCAGGUUCAGUCUCCUGAUGCUGGAGAGAGUUUCACAUUACCAAGACAGAAUGGAUCACAUCUGGCUCUGUAUUCUACUCUUACUGAAUACCCUCAUCUAUUGUGGUCACUCUCAAGAUCUGCCCAGGGCCUCAGUGAAGAUAGUCUCUCCCCAGGAGCCACUGUACACAGGAGACAGAGUCACUCUAGAGUGUAACAUAACAGAAUACACAGACUGGACUUAUGUCUGGAAGAGAGACAACCAACUCCUUCCCAGUCAGAACAUUAAAACCAUCACCAUCUCUCUCCGUUACCAGACUGGUCAGUACCAGUACCAGUGUCAGGGGAAGAGGACAGGUCGACCCCAGUCAUCAUAUAUGAGUCCUAAUCACCCCAUCAGUGUUACUGCUCCACCAACAGCCUCAGUGAGUGUCUCUCCUCAUGGUCUCCUCUACUCUGGAGAGACUGUUACUCUGCAGUGUGACAUAUCAAUCUACACAGGCUGGACAUACUGGUGGUACAGAAAGGAUCAACUACAGAGUCCUGGUUCACCUUCUAAAACCAUCACCACUCUGUCUGACCAGGUGAGUCAGUACCAGUGUCAGGGGAGAAGAACAAAUCGUCCCCAGUCGUCACAACGCAGUGAUUACCUCCACAUCAGUGUCACUGCUAAUCAAACAAAGGCCACACUGAGUUCAGACCAACAGGACGUAUUGACAGGAGACAGUGUGACACUGACCUGCACUGUAGAAUCUUCUGGAUGGAGGUUUUACUGGUACAAACACAAACAAGACUCUGAACCUGUAAAAACAACCUCUGGAUCUUCCUACACACUCAGCCAGGUCAGGGUCUCUGAUGGAGGACAGUACAGGUGUAGAGCUGGGAGAGGAGACCCUGUCUACUACACCCAGUACAGUGAACCAGUCCACAUACAGGUUACUGAGAGACCUGUUGCUGUUCUGACCCUCCAACCCAACUGGACCCAGAUAUUCACAGGAGAGUCCAUCACUCUCAGAUGUGACAUACAGGGGGGAGGAGAUACUGACUGGGAGUAUGACUUUUAUAAUAAAGAUCUGCCCAGGGCCUCAGUGAAGAUAGUCUCUCCCCAGGAGCCACUGUACACAGGAGACAGUGUCACUCUACAGUGUUACAUACCAGAAUACACAGACUGGACUUAUGUCUGGUACAGAGACAACCAACACCUUCCCAGUCAGACCAGUAAAACCUUCACCAUCUCUGUCCCAGACCAGACUGGUCAGUACCAGUGUCAGGGGAAGAGGACAGGCCGGCCCAAAUCAUCAUAUAUUAGUCUUCAUCACCCCAUCAAUGCUACUGUCCCUCCAGGUUCUCUGGUCCCCAUCUCUAUGUCCAGACUCCUGUGUGGUCUACUGGUGGUGUCUCCAUUUCUACUGGUGUCCAUCCUACUGAUGGUGAAAUACUGCAGGGCUGGAGCAGCCAAAUCAACGGAAAAUGAAAAUAGUGAUGUCAUCAAACAGACUGAAUCAUCAUUGUGAUCAUCACAGUAUGAUGUCACUGUGGGCUCAAGAACCCGUAUUAUGAUGUUUAUCUUUUUAUA